GGAUCUGCUUCCUACCCGGAACCUCAUAUAGGGAUCUGCUUCCUACCCGGAACCUCAUAUAGGGAUCUGCUUAUUACCCUGAACCUGCACUAUGCAGGGACUUGGGAGAGACACACAGAACAGGGACUCCCCAAAGAGGGAGAAGGAUCUGAGGGGCUCAGCAAUACUGCACCAGCAGAGACGCCUCAAACAAGCCACGCAGUUUGUGCACAAAGACUCUGCGGAUCUUCUGCCACUGGACCAGCUGCGGAGACUGGGGACCAGUAAAGACCUGCAGCCACACAGUGUGAUCCAGAGACGGCUCAUGGGGGGCAGCCUGAGCAUCGAAAGCGAUAACCCUGUAUUUCCAACUUCCCCGUGCAACAGGGGGAGAGACGCACCCCCCCAGGGUGAUGAGACGAUACAGCCAACUAAGUUGGGUGAGGAGACCCCCGGUUGCUGGAAGGAACAAGCUCUACUCAUACCCUGCAAGGGCCCCAAUUUCACAUUACAAAGUUGCAUCAGGACUUUAUGGACCUAGGAAUGAUACGGACUGGAGCCUGGAAUUUACUGUAAGUACUGGAUGUGCUGAAGGAGCUGCUGGGCUUCAGGAAGGGGACUGGGUACUAGGAAGCCCCAGGGGGGAAGUUGCCUGAGAGGGGGCACAUCAUUGGGCCUUUCAAAACGAGGCUGCAGAGACCCUAGUGGCACAGACUGGGGGCUUUCUGGUAGGAGGUGUCUGUUGAAAUUAGAAAUUAAUUCUAACUUAGGGAAUUGCUACAAGGUGACUCUGGGACUUGGGGUGUCAUAGUCAGGUAAGUAGUGGAACUUUGGCACCCUGAGUACCCCAAGAACUGAAAUAAAGAGCUCAAUAUAUUAUAUGGAACUGGGGGUUGGAUAUUUGGGAGUCUUGAUUGUCCCAGCAAAAGUAACUAGUAGUAAGUAGUGGAACUUUGGCACCCUGAGUACCCCAAGAACUGAAAUAAAGAGCUCGUUAUAUUAUAUGGAUCUGGGGGUCAGAUAUUUGGGAGUCUUGUUUGUCCCAGCAAAAGUAACUAGUAGUAAGUAGUGGAACUUUGGCACCCUGAGUACCCCAAGAACUUAAAUAAAGAGCUCAAUAUAUUAUAUGGAUCUGGGGGUCAGAUAUUUGGGAGUCUUGAUUGUCCCAGCAAAAGUAACUAGUAGUAAGUAGUGGAACUUUGGCACCCUGAGUACCCCAAGAACUUAAAUAAAGAGCUCAAUAUAUUAUAUGGAUCUGGGGGUCAGAUAUUUGGGAGUCUUGAUUGUCCCAGCAAAAGUAACUAGUAGUAAAUAGUGGAACUUUGGCACCCUGAGUACCCCAAGAACUGAAAUAAAGAGCUCGUUAUAUUAUAUGGAUCUGGGGGUCAGAUAUUUGGGAGUCUUGAUUGUCCCAGCAAAAGUAACCAGUAGUAAAUAGUGGAACUUUGGCACCCUGAGUACCCCAAGAACUGAAAUAAAGAGCUUGUUAUAUUAUAUGGAUCUGGGGGUCAGAUAUUUGGGAGUCUUGAUUGUCCCAGCAAAAGUAUCUGCCUGCCUCUGUGGCAGAAUUAGGGGACUCUGUGGGCUUCACAGGGGGGUUCCUGCUGUCCCGGGGGCUGUAGAAGAUACAGUAAUAAAAGCCACAGGGAGUACCUGUAGAUAUUGGGGUGCAAAGUUAGCCCAGUGUCACAACCACCAGCGAGGGGAAUAAAGUGAUCUUUUUGUCAACAGUCUCAGGGAAUCCCUAAGUGUUAGACUGUAUUUGCUUCCUCCGUUGUUGGUAGCAUCAGGCACUGGUUACUGAGGGAACAGGAGAGACGGGGUGUAAAUCCGUGGCUGUAGUGAAGGAUCACAGAGAAAACUCGAUGAGGGACAUUACUUCAUGACAGAGAAAGGAGCCUCUGGCUUUAUCCAAGCAAGAUCUGGGAUGCUUAUCCGCACUAUACCGCUUGUCUAGUUCUAUACCCACCUGAGGGUUAACACUUGUUUGGAAUGGCCGCCUACAUCGAAUUUGUGCCCCCUCCGGAAUGCCCGGUGUUCGAGCCCAGCUGGGAGGAAUUCUCUGAUCCCCUGAGUUUCAUCGGACGCAUCCGACCGAUUGCUGAAAAGACAGGGAUAUGCAAAUCCAACCUCCCAAGGACUGGCAGCCGCCCUUUGCCUGCGAUGUCAAAAGCUUCUGCUUCACCCCUCGGGUACUGCGCCUCAACGAACUAGAGGCAAUGACCCGUGUCAAACUCGAUUUCUUGGAUCAGCUGGGAAAAUUUUGGGAGCUGCAAGGUUCCGCGCUCAGAAUUCCAGUGGUGGAUGGCAAGCUGUUGGGUGUGUAUGCACUGAGCAAGGUGGUUUCCAGUGAGGGGGGAUUUGAGGUUGUCACUAAAGAGAAGAAAUGGUCUCAGGUGGGCAAUCGGAUGGGAUACCAGCCAGGCAAAGGCACAGGCUCUCUUCUGAAGUUGCACUAUGACCGAAUCCUCUACCCCUACGAGCUGUUCCAGUCUGGCGUCAGCCUGAUGGAAAGAAAUGCACCUAGAAUAUUCUAGAGAGAAACCUUCUGUUUCAGUUUUUAGUAAAGGUACCGGUAUAGGACCUGUUAUCCAGAAUGCUCGGGACCUGGGGCUUUCCGGAUAAGGGGUCUUUCCGUAAUUUGGCUCAU